AUGGACCACCGCCAUUAUCGGUCCCUUCCAGACAUCUGCUUGGCUGGAUAUGAGAGUAACUUCAAUACCCAGGCCUUCAAUGAAAAAAAUGCAGAUGGCAGUAGUGACUAUGGGAUCUUCCAGCUGAAUAACUUGUGGUGGGAAGACAAGCAUUUCUCAGAAAAUGCCUGCAACACUCUGUGCAGUAAAUUUGUGGAUGAAGACAUCGAUGAUGACAUCCUCUGUGCCAAGAAGGUUGUGAAAGAUCCUAAAGGCAUGUCUUUUGAUAAGGAGAUUGUAAAACACUGCAAAAGCAAGGAUUUGUCCAAAUACCUGGCCAGCUCUAAGCUGUGA